AUGACGUGGUGCAAUGACUGCACCGAUGUCCAGACCAUCGAAACCAGCUCUCCUCAUCCUCCUCCUCCGGCGAAUCAUAGCAAGUCCAGCAGCAGCGAUCAUCAACAUCACCAUCGCCAUGGCUUCACCAAGAGCUGCCCUUCUUGUGGAUUCCAGAUCAAAUGCCAAAACCAGGCUCGGAUCCAUGAUCUGCCGGGGUUGCCAGCGGGAGUGAAGUUCGAUCCGACGGAUCAGGAGCUGCUUGAGCAUCUGGAAGGCAAAGUGAAGUCGGAUGCUCGUAUGCUUCACCCUCUCAUCGAUGAGUUCAUCCCUACCAUUGAUGGAGAGAAUGGGAUCUGCUACACUCACCCUCAAAAGUUGCCAGGAGUGAGCAAAGACGGCGUUGUACGGCACUUCUUCCACCGUCCCUCCAAAGCCUACACCACCGGCACCCGAAAGCGGCGCAAGGUCCACUCCGACGACCCGGGAGGCGGCGGGGCCAGCAGCGGCGGCGGCGGCGGCGGGGAGACACGGUGGCACAAGACCGGGAAAACAAGGGCGGUGCAAGUCGGAGGGAAGACGAAAGGUUACAAGAAGAUACUCGUCCUCUACACAAACUACGGCAAGCAAAAGAAGCCCGAGAAGACCAACUGGGUGAUGCACCAAUACCACCUCGGCUCCAGCCAAGAAGAGAACGACGGCGAGCUCGUCGUCUCCAAGGUCUUCUACCAGACCCAACCCCGACAGUGCUCCUCCGCAGCCACCAGCAUUAACAAUCCGCCGACAGCGGCGGCGGCGGGCUCGAGACUGAAAGGGCCGCCGCCGUUCUUGAUGAUGACGACGACGACUCACCACCACCACCAGCACCAUAGAAGUGUUGUUAACGGCGUUGACAACAAUCUCACGGAGUAUUACGGCGCUCACCAUCCUUCUAGCACUUCUGCCGCGGCGGCCGGAUAUAUAACGUUUGAUCAAGGUGGCAGCAGAUCGUCACCGUCACCGGCAGCAGCUGCUCCUUCUCAGCAGCAAUUGAUGAAUAAUCCUCAUUUCAACGUCCAUGAUCAUACUUCCUCUAACUAUGAUAUUCCUUGA